AUGCUGGUGCCCAAACGCAUGCGAUCAGGGAAGAGUGGUUCGGGGUCGAGGCUCGUAGGACUUUGGGGUGCGCGGCAGUGGCUGGUUCGCUCAGUCAAUUCGAAAGGCCAGUCGAAAGGCGUCGGCAGCCGAUGUGAGGUGUUCUACGCUGGACGGAACGGUCGCCGUUGGAGAAGAGGAGCGGGAAGAGGCAGGAAACCGAGGCGGUAG